UCUUAAAUAAUGUCUUUGUAUAAUGCCUCCGUGGUGCCCUUCUGCAUUUUUUUUGGUAUACUGGGGCUUUGUCUGAUGUAUUGCGCAUGCCUAUGGGACUUGUGUUCCCAUGCUUAUGCAAUACAUCAGUGCUGUGCAAAAGAAGCAACGGAGAAAGAAAGAUCUCCAUUGUUUUUUUUUUUAAACUGGGAAACUUUUAUCUUUCAGGAGAGCCAGGACAGACACAAUAAAAGGAUAAUCAGAAUUACAUGCAGGAGGAAUUCAGAAACAUGUUUAUAAAGCACAUUGACAUAUCCUAUAAGAAAUGCAAAGAAGUAUGGACUGAUUCUGUCAGAAUAAUAGAGGGAAAAUGCAGAAGUAAUACUUACAGAUGCUUUGGUGGAUUUAAUGAAUAUGAAGAUGAUCUCAAAAAGGCAAUUUCAUUUUAUCAGAGUAAGGGAUCACUUGGAUUCAAGAAACAAUCAUUCUUCUCAUUCAGCAUGAAGAAAGAAAAACAGAGAGAAGAGAUUAUUUUAAAAAUGGAAGAAGAAGGAACAAAGGAAGAAUUCAUACACCUCAUAGAUAUUCUGAAGAACAGCAUAAGUGAACUUGAUGCAAGUCUGGAUCAGUUUAACACACAAUUAAUUCAAAUUUCCUCUGCAAUUUUAAUACAAGCAGAUAAUUUGGAUGAGUUUCACAAAGGAUCAACUGCUGCUAGUAUAUCUGGAAAUGCAGUCAGUGCUGCAGGUGGAAUAACAGCUGUUGUUGGUGCUUGCCUGGCUCCAUUUACAUUAGGUGCAUCACUGAUUGUAUCAAUUGUAGGUAUAAGUGUUGCUGCAUUGGGAAGUGGUACUACUGUUAUUGCAAAAACAGUAGACUUUGUCAAAAAGAAAAAGUUAUGUAAGGAGUUUCAAAGUAUGAUAGAGGAGAACAUCAAAAAUGACACAGAAAACUUACAAAACAAAGUUGAAAAAAUCAAAUCGGUCAUUGACAGAUUAUUGUACCUAAAAUCAGUCCUGGAUAAGGAUAAUGCGUGUCUACCUGAUACAUUAUUAAAUGUUGAUGAUUUAGCACCAGAGGCUUCAUUUGAAUUUUCUAGACUAGCAGGACUUUUAGGGAGUGCCAGAGCUGUUUCAGUAGGCUUGGCAGCACUCACUCGUAUUGCGCAUGUGGCAACAGGGGUACUUUCUGGAUUGUUUCUUAUACUAGAUGCAGUUUUUAUAACACAAGAUGCCAAAGACUUGCACAGUGGUGCUAAAACUGAUGCAGCAAAAGAAAUGCGAAAAACAGUAGACUAUUUUAACACAUACAAAGACAAGCUAUAUGCUUUCCAGUUAUCCUGCAAAGAAUUUUAUGAGCAGCUGUUAAAUAGUAGGUAAUAAUAUAUUAAGGGACAAAUUGGCAUGUGUUUAUAUAAUAUAAAUAUAUAUAUGGUAUAUAGUGUGUAGAAAAUAUAUGCCAGACUGCAAGACUAGGCAGUUUGUUUUGUUUUGGUAUAGCUUUUAACUCUUACUUUGUUUUCAAUAUGCAGCUUAGAGUACAUGGCAGUAAUCAUUGUUUGGCAGGGGGGGGGGGUACACGAUCACCUCAUAUGGGAAGUUCAGAGUCCGUAGAUAGUCAUCCUCAGUUCUGUGCCUUUUUGUAAAUAAUGAAAUAGGUUAAUACUGAACAGCUCUUAUUCAAAUGAUAUUUCUUACAUUCACAGCUUAAUUUGCAGUAUUUUCAAUAUGUGUAAUGUUAAAUUGAUAAAAACAUGUAAGCACAGUUCUUCAGUUCUUCUAGAAUUGUUUAAAUCUUCAUAAGAAUUGAAAGUCUGUGCCUGUUUUUUUCAGAGGCCAUAUAACUACUCUGAAAACCUUUAAGCUAAGUUCAAAAAAGAACUUUGACCGUUCUGAUUAUAUGAGAGAUCAGAAUGACCGAGUAUACUUUGCACAGUUUUCCUCCUUAAAGAAUUACACCUGUACUGUUUCACUACAUCUGUUUUGGCUAGAGACCCUCACAUCUCUGCCACCAUUAAUAUCAAAUGAUUUGCAUUCAGAAUGCGUGAACUGAUACCUAAGCAUGUAUCUUUUUCUACAGUAUGGCUUAAAGCCCAAGGAAAAAUGGAAACAAAUGAUUAGAGUUGGUAAGGAGAAUAAUAACUAGCCAGACUUUGAAGGUACUCAGGUGUAACCACAGCCUUCUCCUGGAUGAUAACGCACUAAAUGUGCUUAAAAAAGAUUUGAUGCUGGCAUAAGUGGUAUGCUAUAAUAUAGCAUAGUCUACUAUAAAAUACAGGGAGCACAUGCAAAAUACUUUUGUAUGUUUAAUGUGAAUUGUGUAAACUAGAUAAUCUUGUGUCAUUUGUAACAUAGUUGCCACUGUUCAUGUUUAGAAUUCUGUUGCCCUAUUUCAUGCAUUUGGUUUUGUAGUUAACAUUGUUUUUCUGCCUUGCUCCAGUAUAAGCAACAUUUUUCUGUAGUCCUGUAAUGACUUGUAAUUUUUUGAUGUACUCUCCCAGGAUUGAUCUGAAGAUUGUCAUUUGGUAUUAAGUGCACAUAGAUCAUGGUAAUAUAUUUUUUUAUGGAUUCCUGGCAGACAAAGGACAGUUAAUCAAAUUGGACUCAGUAAAAUACCUUUCCCAAAGUGACACAGCAAGGGAAUAGAUCUUCAAGUUCAUUGUAUUACAAAAAUAGAUGCAACAUGUUUCCCUUUACACUGGGAUGUGAAGGUCCUUACCCACUACAUACAUAGCCUAAUCAUGGUGAAAUGGGGCCCUAGGCAGGUUAAUGGAUCGGGAGGGCCCCCAUACAUAGCCCCCCCUGCAGCCAUUCCAGUGUCUUGUUAUUUUAUUUCUCCCCAGUUACCAUAAACACAGUUCAAACCUCUC